AUGGCAAAACGGAAGUUAGAGGAAAAUGAUAUUUCUACCAUUGAAGAAGAUGAAUUCAAAUCGUUCUCCGAUCGAGAGGAACAAAUAGAAGAACAUAGUAACGGCCGUGCAAAACAUGUGGAAGACAAAGCACAAGGGAGCGGUGAUGACAGUGCAAGUGAAGACGAAGGAGAGGAAGAGAAAGAGGAACAACCACCUAACAAGAAACAAAAAAAGCAGCUUUCUGCACAGGAUGUCCAAGUAGCUAGAGAGACAGCUGAAUUAUUCAAGUCUAAUAUAUUUAAACUUCAAAUUGACGAACUAAUGAAAGAAGUGAAAGUCAAGAAAGCUCACGAAGAAACAAUUGACAAAGUAUUGCACCGUUUGCAUGAUUUGAUUAAACAGGUGCCACCAGUGGAAGAUCUAACUUUACAACAAGCAGAACAACAUUUUAAUCCCAAGAAACUAGUCAUCCCAUUUCCAGAUCCCAAACCAACAAAAGUCAACUACAAAUUUUCUUACUUGCCACUGGAAGAUCUUUCUUUGGUUGGGUCGUAUGGAUUAAAAACCGCCAUCAACCAACCACAUGGACAAAGCAUUGAAGUCGCCCUAACCAUGCCGAAAGAAUUGUUUCAACCAAAAGAUUAUUUAAAUUAUAGAGCAUUAUACAAAAAGUCAUUUUAUUUGGCGUACUUGGGUGAGAGCUUAAUCCAUUUGUCAAAAAAAAAUAAUUUACCAAUCAAGGUGUCCUAUCAUUUUUUCAAUGACGACGUAUUGAACCCAGUAUUAAAAAUAGAGAGUAUUCAAACUGAAAAUCCGGAAGAUUUGACUUUUACUAAGACAAAAAUUGCUAUUAAUUUAAUAGUAGCAUUCCCGUUUGGUGUUUUUGAUUCGAAAAAAUUACUUCCCGAUAAAAACUGUAUUCGUGUGCAAUCGGACACAGAAACCUUGCCACCUACACCAUUGUAUAAUUCUAGUGUAUUAUCACAGACAUCGUAUGAUUAUUAUUUGAAGUAUUUAUACACUACCAAGAAAUCAGCCGAUGCAUUCAAAGAUGCAUGUGUAUUGGGAAAGCUUUGGUUACAACAAAGAGGGUUUAAUUCGUCUCUCAAUAAUGGAGGGUUUGGUCAUUUUGAGUUUGCAAUCUUGAUGAGCGCGUUGUUAAAUGGAGGUGGAUUAAAUGGUAACAAGAUAUUGUUACAUGGAUUUUCCUCAUAUCAAUUAUUCAAAGGUACAAUCAAAUACUUGGCAACAAUGGAUCUAAAUGAGGGCUAUUUAUCACUUUCAUCAUUAAUUGGAGAAAAUAUUGUAUCGAAAUAUAAAUCAGAUGGAUUUAAUGUUCCCACCAUAUUUGAUAAAAACACCAAAUUAAACAUAUUAUGGAAAAUGAACAAAAGCUCUUACAAGAGUCUUCAAUUACAAGCACAACAGACUUUGGAAUUAUUGAACGACGUUGUAAAAGAUAGAUUUGAUGCCAUUUUGCUUCAAAAAUCUGACUUUGAUCCAAUGAGAUACGAUAUCGUAUUCAAGUUAUCAGCACCCGAAGAGUUAUACGAUUCUUUUGGCCCGUUGGAAAAGAUCGCUUACAUUACUUUUGAGAACUACUUCAAGAGCAGACUAUUUGCAAUUUUAAACAAAGCAUUAGGAGAAAGAACACAACUGAUUGUUAUUAGAAAUGAACACCCUUCAAAUACAUUUGCCAUCCACAAGAGAAAGCCAUCACAUGCAAGCUCAACCUUUGUUAUUGGAUUGCAGCUAAACCCAGAAGAAUGUGAUAAACUAGUAACGAAAGGUCCUAAUAAUGAAGAUAAGGAUGCUGGUAUAAAAUUCAGAUCAUUUUGGGGGAACAAGGCAUCGUUGAGAAGAUUCAAAGAUGGGUCUAUCCAGCAUUGUGUUGUUUGGAACAUUAAAGAUCAAGAGCCAGUGGUGAUGAACAUUAUCAAAUAUGCUUUAGAUACUCACUUGCAAUCGGAAAUAUCACAACAUCUAGCAAGUCUGAUCUGUUAUUUCGAUAAAAAGUUACCAGUUCCAUUAUUGCCCUCAGCGACAAAUCAAGUUGUCACAUCUUUAGGCAGUUUUACUGCUUUGAGAAAUUCAUUUGAAAAUUUGAGUAAAGUCUUGACAAAUUUAGAGCUCCCACUUAGUGUGAAAACAGUUUUGCCUGCAUCAUCUGGGUUAAGAUACACCUCGGUAUUACAGCCAGUGCCAUUUGCAGCAUCCAACCCAGAUUUCUGGAACGAUUGUGUAUUACAAUUUGAGACUUCAACAAGAUGGCCAGAUGAACUAAGCGCACUAGAGAAAACAAAGUCUGCGUUUUUAUUAAAAAUCUGCGAGGAAUUAGCUGAGACAGAAUAUAAUUCAUUCAUUACCAAAGAUGAAUCGGUGCCUUUCAACGAAAAUAUAACUUUGUUGAACAUACUAACUCCAGAAGGUUAUGGGUUUAGAAUCAGGGCUUUUACAGAACGUGACGAAUUGUUGUACUUGAGAGCUGUGUCUAAUGCAGACAAACAAAAAGCGUUAGUACAAGACGUUUAUUUGAAAUUUAAUGAAAAAUAUAUGGGCUCAGUUAAGCACACCCGAUCCGUAACACACCUCGCACAACAUUUUCACUUUUAUUCACCAACUGUCAGACUUUUCAAACAGUGGUUGGAUUCUCAGUUGCUAUUGCAACAUUUUAGUGAAGAAUUGGUGGAGCUAAUUGCUUUGAAACCAUUUGUGGAUCCGGCCCCGUAUUCGAUUCCCCACUCAGUUGAAAACGGUUUCUUGCAAAUUUUGAAUUUCUUAGCUAACUGGAAUUGGAAAGAAGACCCAUUAGUUCUCGACUUGGUUAAAAGUUCGGCAGAUGAUGAUGUCAAAUUAAGUGACAAAUUAACCAUACAGGCACAUAGAAUCAUUGAGCAAAAUUUUGAAAAAAUCAGAAAGACCGACCCAUCAGGAAUUAAAACACAGUAUUUUAUUGGAUCCAAAGAUGACCCUUCUGGAAUAUUAUGGUCUCAUAAUUUAACUUUACCAAUUUCCACCAGGUUGACUGCAUUAUCCCGUGCUGCUAUCCAGUUGCUCAGAAAAGAAGGCAUUACUGAAACCAACUUGGAUUUAAUAUUCACUCCUGCAUUACAAGAUUAUGACUUUACUAUUAAAGUCAAGGCAAACAACAUUACCACGUCUUCAGGUAUUUUACCGCCCAACACAUUUAAAAACUUAAUUCAACCGUUAACUUCAUUCCCCGAUGAUAUAACUACAAAAUACGAUUUGGUUCAAGGUUAUGUCGAUGAAUUAAAUAAAAAAUUUGGUAAUGCUAUCAUAUUUUCAAACAAAAAGUUUACAGGUUUAUGCAAGAACAACGAAAACGUCAUUGGUGGUAUUUUUGUUCCCACUAACUUGACCAAAAAGAAAUUUCGAGUCAAUUUGGGCAUUAACGUUAAACCUUUUGAAGAUAAAGGAGAUGAAGUUAUAAUCAACACCAGUUCCAUUUAUGAUGAGAUUGAGUUACUUGGUGGAGAUUUAAUAACAGCAUUCGAUAAACGUAAAUAA